AUGGUCGUGUGCCCGGCCGCAGGUCUCUUUCAUUCAAGACCCAACGGGGCAUCAACUCAGAGUGACCACGGAAAGUCUACCAGGUCACUGAUCAAGAAUGACCUAGAAAAGGUUCUCCGAGCAUCGGUGAGCCAGAUUGGCUCCCUCGACGAGCGCGGCAAAGACCUAGGCUUAGCAUUGGUCUCCUUCGAACCUGGAGCGUUGCUCGUGCCCAUUCAAGCAGCAGCGGAGGUCCUUGAAGCAUUCUACAUCGAUAUCGCCGUCAAUGCUCACGGACCGUGGGCCAACAACGCUCCGCGAAUCUGGAUCAGAAUGACAACUGGAACGAUCGGGCUCCUCAUGACUGCGGCAGAAGGAACUACCAUCCCCUGGGAUUUCGUUACAUGGUUUGCACUGCAGAUGCUGAGAUACACUGAGCGUGGUUAUACUGGCCUGUAUACUGCAAAUUUUGUCAAUCCGAUUGUGGGCAACGCUAUUUGGGUCACUUUGUAUCAGUGCGCGAUUGGACCACUCACAGAUUCAGCCGGUGUCGGUGCAUCGGCAAAGGUAGCUUCUUGCCUGAAUGCAAAGGCUCAGGCUUGGCUUCCCACGAAAGGAACACCCACGCGUUAG